CGGCGGCGGCGGCGGCGGCACACUUGUUGGUCCCCGGCUGGCAGUCGAUAGCCGGAGCCGCGCCGAGCAAACACCGCCGCUUCCCUAUCACUGGAUUACCGCCGCUCCAGUUCAAUCAAGAGUGUGGCUGCUGCCUUUAUGAAAGGUGAUGCCGGGCAGAAAGGGCUUGUUAGCCCCGCAAAACACCUUUCUCGACACAAUAGCGACGCGUUUUGAUGGAACACACUCGAACUUCGUGCUUGGGAAUGCCCAGGUGCCGACACAUUCGCAUCCGAUCGUUUACUGCUCUGACGGCUUUUGCGAGCUGACUGGAUGGGCGCGGGCCCAAAUCAUGCAGAAGAGCUGCGCGUGCAAAUUCCUAUGGGGCGCCGACACCAACGAGGAGCACCGGGAGGCCAUCGAGAACUCCCUCCUCGACAAGCAGGAGCUCAAGAUCGAGGUCAUCUUUUACAAGAAGAAUGGCUCGCCGUUCUGGUGCCAACUGGACAUUGUUCCGAUCAAGAACGAGAAACGAGAAGUCGUUCUCUUUCUCGCCUCGCACAAAGACAUCACGAGUACAAAAAUGGCCGAGAUGCAGGGAGGAACCAGCGUGCCCGGCUUGAUGCCAGGCGCGCUCAACUCCCCUGAGGAGGAUGACGACGAAAUGCCGAGUGCCAACCACAUGGGUCGUCGCCGAAGCAGAGCCGUCCUCUAUCAACUGUCAGGCCACUACAAACACCAGGACAAAGUCAAACCCAAAAUCAAAAUCAGCAGCUCACUGUUGACGCACAAUCCCGCACCACUGCCUGAGUACAAGUCGUCGUCGGUGAAGAGAUCGCGUUUCAUUUUUUCGCACUACGGCCUGCUCAAAGGCGUGUGGGACUGGCUGGUGGUGAUCGCCACCGUCUACGUAGCCAUCGCCGUCCCUUUUCUCGCGGCCUUUGUGCAAAAAGACGUGGAGCGCGACUCGAGAAACCUGCUGCCCGACAUCACCGUCGAGUCUCUUUUCAUCGGCGACAUAAUUCUCAACUUUCGCACAACCUACGUGAACAAGAAAGGCGAGGUGGUGAGUUCGCCGCGCAGCAUCGCGCUCAACUACUUGAAAGGAUGGUUCGCCGUCGAUCUGCUCGCCGCCAUCCCCUUUGAUCUCCUCUACGCUUCCGACGUCUACACUGCCGAGUCGAGCCACGCUCAGCAGAUCAACCUGCUGAAACUAACGCGCCUCUUACGGCUGUUGCGAGUUUUGCAAAAAAUGGACCGGUACAGCCAGUACUCGGCGAUGAUCCUCACCUUGCUAAUGCUCUCGUUCAGCCUCGUGGCGCACUGGAUGGCCUGCAUUUGGUACGUGAUCGCCGAACGGGAGCGAAAGUUCCACGAACCCGACUGGAAUCUUGGUUGGCUGUCGCAACUGGCGGGUCGUCAGAAGGUGGCCGUGGAGAUGUUGUCCCAGUGGGACUGCUACGUGACCGCGCUUUACUUCACCUGCUCGAGCCUCACCAGCGUCGGUUUCGGCAACGUGUCGGCAAACACGCUGCCCGAGAAGGUGUUCAGCGUGUGCAUCAUGCUCAUAGGCGCACUGAUGCAUGCUGUGGUGUUUGGUAACGUGACUGCCAUAAUCCAGAGACUCUACUCGCGUCGUUCCCUGUACCAGGCCAGGUGGACCGAUCUGAAGGAUUUCCUCGCUCUCGCCCAGGUUCCGAAGGAUUUGAAACAAAGGAUCGAGGAUUACUUCCAAACGUCGUGGUCUGUCAGCAACGGCAUCGACAUUAACGAGAUUCUGAAGGAAUUCCCGGAGGAGUUGCGAGGCGACGUGUCGAUGCACCUGCACAGGGAGGUGCUGCAGCUGCCCAUCUUCCAGCAGGCGCCCCAGGGCUGCCUGAAGCUGCUGUCGCUGCACAUCAAGUCGACGUUCUGCGCGCCCGGCGAGUACAUGGUGCACAAGGGCGACGCCCUCAACUCGCUCUACUACCUGUGCCACGGCUCGAUGGAGGUGCAGCACCACGGCAUGGUGGUCGCCAUUCUCGGCACCGGUGAUCUGGUUGGUUGUGAUAUUCCGCUCGAGGGCACCACUGUCGGCGUGGCCAAGUCCAGCGGCGCUGUCAAAGCUUUAACCUACUGCGACUUGAAGAACAUCAACAUGGCCGGCCUUGUUGAAGUGCUCAGGUUGUACCCUGAGUUCCAGCAGGAGUUCUGCAACGACAUCCUGCACGAUCUGACCUAUAACUUGAGAGAGGGAUACGAGGCUGAGCAAGACGAAUGCGAGGAUUACGAGCUCAACCGAGCACCAUCCUUAACUUUACCCUCCAUUAGUGAGGCGGACGAAUCGCAAGUUGCCGACGAGGAAUCCUCGCCUCUCCAGCUAAGUCAGGAGCUCAAGAGCAACAACAACAAUACUCGCAGUCCCAAGGCGCGCAGCCUACUCGCCAUGAGAAGCAAAGGUAGUGUCGGUCUGACUGGCAGUCCGGGCAUCACGUCGCGCAACCGAUCUGGAGUGGUCAUGUGCGGAAAUGGUGUUCCAGCCAGGGGCAGUCCUUCGACCUUGAAAAGGGUGGUCGAGGAUCCGCUGCAGGAGGAGGAGGAAGAAGAGGAGAAGCCGGCGGAGGAAACGCCGAAAAAGAGCCAACACUCGAGCCCCACCGCGACCUCUCCGGCCGAAAAGGCGGACGACGAAAAGGUCGAGCGACUGCACAUGGACGUCACCCUCCUCUCAAUUGAGGUGCGAUCUGCGCUUCAGGCUCUGAAUCUGCUGGCGCGUCCCUACGUUCCCGGCGGACUUGGCCUUCCGUUGAAACUUUCGUCCAACCCCAACCUGACCGACCCUUCAUCCCUGAGUGGAAAUGCGGCGCCUCUUUUGGCGCCGAAUUUGCUUACAAGGAGUCACAGUCAGCCUGCUGAGCAGUUUUGGAGCGAGGAUGAGACAAAUAAAAAACAAGCGAGAUCGACGCAGACCGAGCAGAGCCAAAUGGAAAGUUUGCGAACUCUGAUAUUGGCUAAUCCCGAUUUGGCUGCCCAAAUCCUGAAAGAGGCUCAGAAGAAAAAGCACCGCAAGAGUGACAGUGACUGCCACCUCAAGAGUUACUAGCGAAACACUUUGCAUUAAUAGUCGAUCCCUCGGCAAACCUUAUUGUUAGCUCUGCGCAUGGCUUACAAGUAUGUCAAGAGGAUGAAUUUAAAUUUUUAUUCUAGAUUUAGAGCAUUCCAUUAUUCUUUUAUUAAAGAAGAUCAAUAUUUCACAUUCUCCCAUAAAAGGUUGAUUAUAUUGAAAAUUAAUAAAUAUUUAAAGUGUUAUUCAAAAUUUUCAUAUUAGUCAAAUAUUCUCAAGUUUCCGUGCAUAAUUAAUUUUUAGGCAUCAAAAAUAUAUUUUAAAGUAAAUCCUCGCUCUCUCUCUCUUACAUCAAUUAAAAAUGUCCUGGACCGGGCCUAUAUAUCUGCCAAGCAAGAGCUAAUUAGCAGAAAGGAAAUAAAUUGUUGCUGUGAUGAUUAUAAAAAUCUAUGAUUAUUAUUACAUUGUUGUCUAUUUGUAUAUGAAAUGCUGUUUUUCAAGAGAAGAUUGGCCGAAAUUCUAUAAAAUAUGCACAAAUUAUUCUCAUAUCAAAAUUUAGAAAAAUCUCUCUUUAUAUAUCUGCGGUCGUGUUCAGCAUUAAUGUUAAGCCAGUGAAGUUUUUUAGCCGCGCACACUUAGAUUAUAAGAAUCUUGCUAGGAUAAAUAGGUGUCAUAUCUCUAUAUGAUUUAUUUUCUCUUAAAAAAUAUACAAGAACUUUUAAGUUAACAAAAGAGGGUGCAUGGAAUUUGAUGUAAAACACACGGAUUUUAAUGUUUGAUGUAAAAAAAAAAAAAUACAUCCGAGAGUAAAAAAAGAUCAUUUGUAUAGAGGUUAACAACUGAGAUAAUAUCAAAAGGAAUAUCAAGCCUAAUCGUCUAAUGCAAAGCUGACUAAAUUGCAGGCCUACACGUAUUUUUUAUAGGAAAAUUAAAUUCUAAUAAGUGUAGAGGAUGAUCAGUUGAAACUUCAUAACUAGAGUAAAAAAAAAGAGUUUUUAGUUUAUAAAAUAUGUGAAUGUGAUAAUGCAAAAUCUAAAUAUUGCUAGAGAGCAGAAAAAUGUUGAUAUGAAUUAAAUUGAGAUGUUUUAAAAAAUGGUGCACAAUGCAAAAUAAUUAUAUAAAUGAUCUCAAGUUGUACUAAAUGAUUUGCUGCGUAUUUUGGCGAAAAAUUUAAAAGCUAUUGUAUGGCAUUUCAAAGUUAAUGUUUAACUCCUGUUUGAGAGGAAAUUAACUGACACAGGUCGCCAUUAGAAAUUUGUGUAAGAGAAAAUGUGGUCUAGCUUUUCUCAUAGUAGUGCUCGGACGCUCAAAAUACAAUUUUCAUAGAGAGGAUUAAGUUAUUUUCCUUCAGAAAUAUAAAAAGGUUCUUAACAAUUUGAUAUUGAGGAACUGUUUAUUAACAAAAAGAGCAUCAGCAGUAAAAAAUUUUUGUUUCAGUGUUGACUUUGAUUCUUGAAAAUAAAAUAAGUUGAUUUAAUUAAGAGCAAUUUUAUUGAUUAUAAUAAUGAUCUAUAAACAUGAAGACAAGUAUUUCUAUGUUCACAUUUUGUUGUAUGGCUACUGUAUAAUACCAUUCAUAAACUGUAGGCAGGAUAAAUACAUAUCUAGCUAUAAGGACGCAUUUUUUUUCAAGGAUUGCUUUAGAGACAUCAAAAGCUCGUUACUUUCAACUUUAUAUAAAUAUUUGAUUUAAAAAUGCAGCAGGUAUAUAUUCGGAAGGCUCUUAUGAUUGCUAUGAAGCAGCAGUAACUGUUUUGGCAAAAUGACACAAUUCAUUCAAGGGUAAAAAAUUACAAAAUACUAAGAUGAAAGGAAUAAUAAUUUUAGUUCCGAAUCAAUUAUCAUAGACUCACCACCGAACUAAGUUUAUUUAAGUAUAAUAAAUAGUGGUUUUCGAGCAGAAAGGAGCUCAUCACACUAAUCCAGUCGCUAAUUUUCUUUCCAUCGCCA